AUGGACAAGACCCUUUCGAUCCACUCUGACGUGCCACAGAUGCCAAUUGGUUCCAACCAAGUGCGCAUCAAGAUGCACAGUGCUUCCGUGAAUCCCAUCGACUACAUGAUCUUGGAAUCCGCUGGAGAGGCAUUUCUGAAGCGAUCUCCAUCGGCGGACAAGCCAUUUACAAUCGGCAUGGAUGGCGCUGGAGAGGUUGUGGAGGCUGGUAGCGAUGUUCAAAACCUGAAGCUUCGGAACGCUCGCCGAGUAUGCGAGGAAUUUGUUGCGAGGAAACCGAGCAACCUAAACGUCGACAAGGCAGCGGCCGUGCUUCUCGUAGCGCAGACCGCCUACCAGGGUAUGUUUGAGCGCGCCAAACUGCAGAAGGACGAGACUGUGCUUAUCUUUGGAGGCAGCAGCUUCGUUGGUAUGUACGCUGCGCAGUUUGCGCACGCCAUCGGUGCCCGUGUGAUUACUACAGCCAGCGCCGGCAACGCUGAUUCCUUAAAAUCUCUUAAUGCCAACCAGGUCAUUGACUACAGGACGGAGAAGUGGCAAGACGUGGUGGAGCCACACUCUGUUGACGCUGUCUACAACUGCGGCAUGGAGAACGCUGCAUGGAACGAAGGUGCUCAGAAUGUGCUGAAGAAGAACACUGGCCGCUUCGUCACGAUCCUUCCGAUGGACCAGCCCGUGAAGGAAUCUGAGUUUGGGGUAAAGCUAGUUGGCCACGUUCACGUGGAACCCUCGGCUGAAACGCUGCGCGAAAUCACCACGUGCAUUGAGAGCGGUAAGGUGAAGUCUAUCAUCGACAUGGUCUAUCCGUUCGAGAAAAGUGCUAGGAGCUUAUGCGAAACUCAAAUCUCGUCAUGCUCUGGGCAAAUUGGUGAUCAGAGUCCUCCGGCGUUAACAGAGGGACUGCAUAGUUGGCUUACUGCAACUGAGACCUAUUGUCUGCAGCUUGCAGUGCAUCCGAUCGGGUAGUGAUGCUGCCUAUUGACUAUAGUUUGUACCCGCAGCGCAGUGGUCGGGUAGUGAUACGGAAGUAAUAGCAGACGCCCACUGUUUUUUCGACCAA